AUGAGGUACUUCAAGACCUUCCUUUCGCGAAGCGAAGUGUUUGAGAUGCACAAUACCUAGCUGGUUCCCGUUUGUAUGGAACCUUCAUUACCUACUUACCUUAAAGCUCACGCGAGAUGGGAGUAUAUCUAGGUGUGACCCUGGUGUUGCCAUUGAUAGCCUCCAGUAUAAGUGCCAGAAGCACAACAACAGAGUCCUUGGGGAUAUUGCCAGUGGCACGAAAUCAAGUGUCUGGUCAAAUGCACUACCUAUGGAGGCGCAUUGGAAAACGAAGGGUCACACUACUUUGUUUGAUCGGAAGUUUGUUGUUCAGAUGGUCGAGGGAAGUGGUCUAUAGGUAUAAGCAACAUACGUGCGAUACCUUCAGAUAGCCAAAUGCGCCAUCUUCAAGCCUCUCCAUCGUCUUCUUCUUGCCUCUAUCACAUGCUCGUACACGUUCUAUCAUGGCGUGCUGAUAUGUACCGGUAUUUUAGCGUGUCGACCCCGACUUCCAUUACUAGCUCCGAU